GAGCCAGUUGCUAGGCAGCGGAUAGGGGAGGGGGUUCAGUGGCUGCCAGGGAGCCUGGUAGUGGGGGCUAAGAGAAGGUGGAGGAAGGAGUACUCCAGGGGGUGGGGGCUUGGCUGGUCCUGGGGGGAUCCCCGCACGGGUUCUCAGAAUAUCAGGAAAGCUAGCUAGCACCUAGCCCCCCACCCAAGGACCUGCCCAGCCUUGGGAGACAGAGCAAACCAGGAUGUCUCAGGACAGUGACCUGUGGAGGAAGGAUUCGAGUCUAGGCCACGAGCUGGCAGCUGUGAGGCAGCAGAAGCUGGAACAGCAGCGGCGUCUGUUUGAGAAGAAGCAGCGGCGCAAGCGCCAGGAGCCACUGAUGGUCCAGGCCAAUCCCGACGCUUCCCUGCGGUCCCGGCGGCCCCGGCGGAGAGAGGAGCGCGGCCCGGGGGGGAGCGGCCCAGGGAACCCCUUUCUCCUGGAGAACGUGCCGGAGGCGCACUUGCGAGCUGGCGCGCACAUCGUGCAGAGCAGCGUUAACUGUGGCGGCGACCGUGGCGGCGAACGCACCCCUCGACCGGCCUUAGGAGGGGCUGACGGCUCGGACGCAGAACUGGAGGAGGUAUCGGUGGAGGACGCCCCAGUCUCCCCGUUUCCCAGCAAGGAGCUGCCUGGGACCCGGCGCCGGGGAUGGCCGGCUCGGCAGCGGCCAGGGAGAGAGGACACUCUGCGAGAGCCCAGCCCUUCGAAGACCCCAGUACACAAAGCAAAGGAAGAGACAGCGGCGAUGCCGCAGGAGAUGCCGGAAGAGCGAGAAAGCUCUGCAGGGUAUCAGACCGCUCAGGAGGAACUGGGAGAGCCCAGCUUUGGCGGUAGCCAAGGAUCCCAGAACGACCUGAAGGAGAACAGGAGGCCUAGGGGGAGUGGACCGACACCACCUCCGCCAAUGUUUCCCACAGAGGAAGAGGUGGCGGACGGUGAGGAGAGUAGGGGCUACGAAGCUUCGGCCACCGGACUGAAACGCCGCUCGCAGCGAGGCCGAGACCACGGUGAUUCGGUGUCGGGCAAGGAUAAGGAGGACAAAGAGGAUGUGGAGGCGGGGGCGGCGACCAUGGCGCUGGAGUCUUCCGAGAGCAGCGGAGCCGGGGCUGGGACAGGCGAUGUCGGGAAAGCGCCGCACUCCUUGGCCCGCGCCCCUGGCCCGCAGCCUGGCGAGGACAUGGAAGCCUACGUGCUGCGACCGGCUCUUCGCAGCCGGACCGUGCAGUGCAGGAUCAGUCGAGAUAAGCAGGGCGUGGACAAGGGCAUCUUCCCUUUCUAUUACCUCUACUUGGAGGAGCCCGAUGGCAGGAAGCAUUUUCUCCUGGCUGGGCGCAAGAGGAAGCGAAGCAAGACUUCCAACUACCUCAUUUCCCUGGAUCCCACUGACCUGUCUCGAGAUGGGGACAACUUUGUGGGCAAAGUGAGGUCUAAUGUCCUGGGCACUAAAUUCACCAUUUUCGACAACGGGAUGAACCCAGAGAAGAAAACCUUCUUGCCCGAGUCUACCCGAAUCCGAGAAGAGCUGGGGGCAGUGUGCUAUGAGACUAACAUGCUGGGAUUCCGGGGGCCUCGAAAGAUGACAAUUAUCAUCCCAGCUAUUGAUUCCCAGAACCAAAGGCUCAAAGUGCAGCCCCAGAAUGAGCAGGAAUCCCUUCUGAGCCGUCUGCAGCGUGGGGCCACUCAAGGCCUGGUCCUUCUGCAGAGCAAGGCCCCGUCCUGGAGUGAUAAGAGCAGUGCCUACGUCCUCAACUUCCAUGGGCGGGUCACUAGAGCCUCGGUCAAAAACUUCCAGAUUGUGCACCCAGAUGACUCUGACUAUCUGGUGCUGCAAUUCGGUCGUGUGGCCCCGGACAUGUUCACAAUGGAUUUUCGAUUCCCCCUCUGUCCCCUCCAGGCCUUCGCCAUCUGCCUGUCCAGCUUCGAUGGGAAGCUGGCGUGUGAGUGACGUCCCCCACCCCCGGCCCACAUGGGACUGGUGCCUAAUAAAGCGCUACCCUCCCC